UAUUUUUUCUAUGUUCUAUAGACAAAUUAACAAUCUUCACUUAAUUUAACAUCAGCUUGAAAGCAAAUGAAUACACAAUUUUUUAUUUUUUUUUUAUUGUAAAAAAAAUUCAGGCAUUAAGGGGUUAAGACUCUUAAAUUUCUACUUACACUCUACAAAAAUCUGCUUAUGUGCCUAGUGAAAUACUGAAAUUGGCUGGUGACCUUUUGUUGUAGUAUUUAUAAUUCUAUAAUACCAUGAGGAGCAAAGAGUUCAUGUUUCAUGUUGUACUGUUCCUUUAACUUUGUGACUGUUUCUUGUAGUUUUUUACCUAAAAUGCUGAAUCAUGUGGAUUGAUAUAUUUUCAUUUUAAUGUUUCUUUUGUAUAGUGUGAAAGUUUAUUAAUUAAGUUUAUUAAGUUUAAUUAUUAUCACAUCACAGGAACAUGUUUUAACAAUAUUGUAACUGCUGUUGUUAAACCACCAAAUCACAUGAAAGAAAAAAACAUGUACCCUGGAAUAUAAUUCUUAAAUCUUAUGCUCAAAUAUUGUCAGGAAGGGUGAUGUAUGGAGAAGGUUUGAGGACCCAAAUGCAGGACACGAAGGCUGAACAGGUACACUUCAAUGAUAUUUAUUUAACAACUAAGAGCGGGCACACUUACUGAGAGUGGCUGAGUCCAGUAAAUCCAAAAUAAUGAACAAUCCAAACAAGCAAGUUGAUCUAAAACUAAAUCCAAAAGGCAACAUCCGAAAAUCCACAAGCACAGACAGGUUAAGCAGGACACGACACGACAGGGCAUAAAACACAGCACAAGACAGAGCAUGACAAGCAACAAAGACCAGACAGACUGGGGGAACAGACAAGAUCACACACACGUCUGCCAUGUAUGCAUGCAGUGGAGAAUUAUAUUCACAGUCGGAUUUAGCAGUGAGGAAAUACUCAUGAGUUUAGCCCACAAUCACUAUAUUACCAUCCACCUUAGAGACUUUGCUGUGAAUUGGGAGUAUUUAGAGGAAAACACCAGAGUGAUUGGGAUUUUUUGUGAUUUUAAUUUCAGGGAAUUUCCAAGUUUUGUUCUUGUAAAUCUUCACUUUUCAUCUAGGAAAUUUUUUCUCGGUUUCGGCCUAUUAACCCCCUCCCUGGCUCAGUAGGACUACUUUCUGGACACGUAAAAUAGUCAAUCUAAAUGUGGGAAAACACUUAGGAUAAUUCAAUUAUAGCCCACAGAUGGGCUACAUCUCCGAAACUGUCCCGUUAAUUAAUUAAGAUCUCCUCCCUAAAAUCACUGAGGCUGCAGGGCUCGCUGUAUGAACAUAAUGCUGUUGUGUUAAUAAUAACUUAAUUCCAGCUGCAACCGCACUGGAACAAAUCAGGAUGAAAUCUAAAAAUAUUUUAUCAAGUGGUAUGUAUUAUCAAGUGAUUACAGAGUACAGAUGUGGUGUGUAGUCCACACAUAGGCUACAGGGUAACCUCGAGUUAAUCACGAACAUAACCUGCUCAGAGCAGUUUAGAGAUGCAGCGUAAAUUGCCAUGGCAAGGGACCCCGGGUAACACCUGUCCACUUUUCAUAGUACGGGUUAAUCGCGAAGUUACACCCAACGUCACAAAGUUACUCCUGAAGUUACCUGGAUAAGCCAGUUACCUCGCUUCGUAGUAGCCUACAGGCCAGUGGUCCUGUUGUUGUUGUUGUUGUUGUUGUUUUUAUAGCCAAUACAGUGGUAGAAAUACAAACAUUAAACCUUAAGUCUGCAUCAAUUGAUUUUUGUUUGGACAAAAAGCUGUAAACACAAAACUGACAAAUAAUCAUCAUAUAAAGUUGAUAUGCCUAAUGUGUUAGCAUUUCGGUUCACCUGACCAAUUUAAGUUCAAUAUUCACUCUCUUUUUACUUCUGUUUUGCUGUCCUCCAACUCCUGAGAAACUUUUAUACUACUUUAUAUGGCUCUUUAGCUGCUAUUGCUCCACUCUAUUUACCAGCUAGUUGCUAACUUUGUCUGUUGUCUGCUAUUUGGUGCUUGGCAGAUGUAUAGUGGUGUCUUUGUAGCUGUUAUGCUAAAAACUGCUGCCUGCUGUGUCUGGAAAAGAUGCUGAGAAGAUGAAAUCGGAUCAAAUGACAAAGUUGUGGGCCUGACAAUGAGUUAUACAACUGACAUGCAAGUUAUACAACAACAUUAUAUCAGCCCAAAGAGCAGCCCUCCCUACAGGGAACAUUUGGAAGCAAAUUUCACAAUUUGGUUGCUGUUGUAUUUCAAGCAAGUUAGCAGUUCAGGGAUUUCAAUAUCCAAACCAUUGCUGAUACCUGUUCUUACAUAUGUUACACGAGGGUGUUUAAAAGUCUUGAUUGGUGCCCUGGGAAUUGGCAACAGUGAUUGUAUUAUAUAAGGGGUGAGGCAAUCUAAAUGGUUAAGACAUUAAGAUUAGCUGAGCACCGUCUAGCAUUUGGAAGGAGAUAAUGUCUGGCUGCAGAAUUCUGAGCUGCAGUAUUGUCUGGAUCAGGGUCUUAUGGGGUCAUGCGUUGAAGCUGAAUUAAAGGAUGAAAAGUUGUCAAUGACAUAUUAUUCACACGGACACUUUCCUUGUUACACUAUUCACCAAAUAAUAAAAUAAUAUCAUUUUUGAUUAUGAAAAAUACAAAACACUAAGCACAUAAGUCAAUAGUAUAAAAAAUAGCAAGGCAAGAGGAAGGAGAGUCAGCAAAUAAUUCAGUGUUCAAUCCAGAUAAAGACUUUCCAAUCAACCUUUUGUUCCUAUACCCAGUGUGUGUGUGCGUUUUUUUUUUUUUCUUUUACCCAAUUCUGAUCCUGCAUGUGUUUUAAGAAGGCUUUGCCACGUGUCCACAAACUGUGUAAUCAAGUCACCGGUGGAGCGACCCAGACAUGACCCCUAAAGCUAUCAACCUUACCAAAAUACACCACUAUAAGCUUUAGUAAUAGACCAGGGAGAGAAAGUGAGAGGGAGGAGCGAGAGAGUUUCCGAUCAGGCUUUCGCGUCAAUCAGUCCACCCUGAACACGUGUUUCACCUGUUCCUCGAUGCAGUUUUGUAUCUGAAAGAAAAGCUGAGGUGUUUUUAGUAUAAUAACAAUAACAUAUGGUGAAUUCGGGAAACAAUGCAUACUGUAAUUCAAGCCUAAAGAAGACUACUGCCUAAUUGUAGCAAUAGUAAAUUGUGUCAAGUACAUUAAGCCCCUUGGACAAAGACAAAGUAACUGCAAAAGAGAAAAAAAAAUGCAAUAGCCCAAUCAUGCAUUGUGUAUGUGUGGGGAAAAGAGAAAAAACUGGACAGACUUCAUUCACCAAUUUUUAUUUUGUCUUUCAUUGUCUGCUGGCUGAAGCACCACAGAUAAUGCGAUUAAAGGUUUAUUGGGGACAAAAGCCUCUUAUGUUGUUGUCCAAAAAACCCAACAAUGAUAGUAUUCCCUCCUACAAAAAUCACAAUCUCUCUACACAGACAAAUGUACUAACACAGACUGGUGAAAGAGAAGACAAAGUAGUUCUCUUUCCAUCAGUGUUGAUGAAGAUAUUUGCGAUGGCGCAAGACAAACCACCACUGCUACUGAUGCUUCUUCUAUCUACUCUGUCUUUCAACUCAUCAUUCCAGCCCGCUCUGGUGUUAGAAAUGGCCAAGAUUCUUUUGGAAAACUACUGCUUCCCUGAGAACCUGGUUGGGAUGCAGGAGGCCAUCCAGCAAGCAAUCAAAAGUGGAGAAAUCCUGCAGAUUUCAGACAGGAAGACCCUGGCAACUGUUCUCACAGUCGGAGUACAAGGGGCACUGAACGAUCCGCGGUUGACUGUGUCAUAUGAGCCCAAUUUUGUCCCAGUGAUGCCACCGACGCUGCCGUCUCUUCCCAUAGAGCAGUUGAUAUGGCUGGUGAGAAACUCUGUCAAGCUGGAUAUCCUGGACAACAACGUUGGACAUUUGCGGAUAGAUCGGAUCAUUGGGGAGGAGACGGCUACAAAGCUUGGGUCUGUGCUGCAGGACAACAUCUGGGACAAAGUUGCUCAGACUUCCUCAUUGAUCCUUGACCUGAGGUAUAGCACAGGUGGAGAAUUGUCUGGAGUUCCCUUUAUAAUUUCCUAUUUCUCUGAUUCUGAGCCCCUCAUUCACAUUGACACGGUUUAUGACAGGCCCUCAAAUACAACCAGGGAACUGUGGACCAUGCCAGUAGUAGGGGGAAAGUAUGGAAAGAAGAAAGACAUGAUUAUUUUAACCAGUAAGCGUACAGUGGGGGCUGCUGAGGCAGUGGCAUAUACAUUAAAAAACCUGAAGAGGGCCAUCACAGUUGGAGAAACGACUGCUGGUGGGUCAGUAAAAGUCCAAAAGAUUAGGAUCCCUCAGUCAGAGUUCUACAUAACAGUUCCUGUGGCAAGAUCAGUCAGCCCAAUCACAGGCCAAAGCUGGGAAGUGAGUGGCGUUUCCCCAACAGUCAACGUCAUUGCUAAGGAAGCUGUCGCAAAAGCCAAGUCCCUUCUGGCUAUAAGGAGUGCCGUUCCAAAAAUUGUGAAAAGAAUCUCUGACAUAAUCGGGAGGUUUUAUGCUUUCACCGACCGAGCUCCAGCGCUUCUUCAACAGCUGCAAUCCACAGACUUAUUCUCUGUCGUAUCUGAGGAGGACCUAGCAUUCAGACUCAACCACGACCUCCAGACUGUGUCUGAAGAUCCACGUUUGAUCAUCAAAUACAUACAAGACAGUGCUGCCAUAGGAGAGGAGGACUCUGAGCUUUACAACGUUCCAGAAGAUAUAACAUUUUUAAGCGCACUUGUUGAUACAACGUUUAAAGUGGAAAUUCUUCCACACAAUACUGGCUAUCUCCGCUUUGACAAGUUUGUCAAGUCAUCUGCAGGGGCUAAACUAGAAGAGUUUUUGGCUAAAAAGGUAUGGGAGCCCCUCAAAGACACUAAUAACCUGAUUAUUGAUCUACGCUAUAACACUGGUGGAUCCUCUACCUCUCUAGCCCUUAUACUGUCCUAUCUUAAGGACACUUCCCAGAAGCAUCACUUUUUCACAAUAUAUGACAGAAUUCAGAACACAACAACAGAAUAUGAUUCUCUGUCUCAAAUUACAGGCCCGACCUAUGGCUCCAAACGUGGGGUUUAUGUAUUGACAAGCUACUAUACAGCAAGUGUCGGCGAAGAGUUUGCUUACCUGAUACAGUCACUACAUUACGGCACAGUCAUUGGGGAAAUUACAUCUGGUACCCUGAAUCACUCAAAGACGUUUCGAAUACAGGGGACAAAUAUUGCCAUCACCGUCCCUUUCAUAAACUUUUUAGACAACAAUGGUGAAUGCUGGCUGGGAGGUGGUGUGGUCCCCGAUGCCAUUGUGCUAGCCGAGGAAGCUCUGGAGCAUGUUCAUGAGAUUGCAGAUUUUCACCAAGGGCUCAGGUCCCUCAUAGAUAGAACUGGGGAAUUGUUAGAAAAACACUAUGCCAUUCAUGAAGUCGCUCUAGAGGUCAGCAAGGUACUGUUGAGCAAAUGGGCUGAGGGUUUGUACCGGUCAGUGGUUGACUUUGAAUCUUUGGCAUCUCAGUUGACGGCAGACCUCCAAGAGACUUCAGGUGAUCACCGCCUCCAUGUCUUCCACUGCGAUAUUGAGCCUGAGUCGCUUCAUGACGUUCCAAAGAUCCCUACAGCUGAAGAAGUGGGCUACAUGAUUGACGCUUUGUUUAAAAUUGAGCUUCUGCCAGGUAAUGUUGGCUAUCUAAGGUUUGACAUGUUGGCAGAUGUAGAGGUGGUAAAAGCCAUUGGUUCUCAGCUGAUAGAAUUAGUGUGGAGCAAAAUAGUAAACACAGAUUCCCUAAUAAUUGACAUGAGGUACAACACAGGUGGCUAUUCAACAGCAAUUCCCCUCUUGUGCACCUAUUUCUUUGACGCCGAACCUUUACGGCAUCUCUACACUGUCUUCGACCGCACCACAACAACCAUGACAGAGGUCAUGACAUUGCCUCAGGUCAGGGGUCAAAGGUAUGGGUCCUCUAAGGACGUCUAUAUCCUUACCAGUCAUAUGACGGGGUCAGCUGCCGAAGUUUUCACCCGCACUAUGAGGGACCUGAAUAGGGCCACAAUCAUUGGGGAGCCAACGAUUGGAGGGUCUCUAUCAAGUGGAACCUAUCAGAUCGGGCACAGUGUCCUGUACGCUUCCAUUCCUAACCAGGUUGUGUUGAGUGCGAUCACUGGGAAAUUGUGGAGCGUUUCAGGGGUUGAGCCUCAUGUUAUUGCCCAGGCAAAUGACGCUCUUCCUGUAGCACAGAGAAUCAUAGCAGGAAGGCUGCUGAAGAGAGAGAAAUCUUAAUUUGUGUUGUGUUUAGCCACAACUUUAGUGUCCAGGUUUUAUUUGUGGCAUGUGGCCUCGUAGUCAGUGAACCAGUCAUGCGGUCCACUGACCACAGCUACAGCAUACAAAACAUCCUCUAAUGAAAUGUAAUAAAUUAAUAAAUGAUGAAUGAAUUGCUAAUGUUGUUGACAAUAUUCCUUCAUUUAAGGCAGUAAUGUACGGUUUCAGAUGUCUUUUCACAAGACAGUGGAAGAAAAUAAUCCUUGUAAUUUUUUUAACAUAGGUAGCUUUAAUACAACAUGUUGGUCUUCCAUAACCUGUAUCUGUGUGACAUUUACAUUAUCUUCUACAAUCCCAGACCAGCCAGCUGUCUCCUCUAUGAAACUGAGUUUUACAUUUAAGAUUCAUCCAGAGAGACUUGUGCUAAAUGAGUGUGGAUUCAAUGCACAGUAUAUCGCAUUACAAGAGGGAACUUAUUAGCUAUAGAUAGGAUCAAACCUCAAAUCUACUAUCUGGCAUUAAAAACAUUAAAGAGAAUGCAAUGUCUGGGUGUUGACAUUACAAUAGCCAGUGUAAACAGUGAUCUGAAAUAUUGGGAAUAAAACAACUUCACAUUAAUAAUAAUAAUGCACCAAACAUCAGUGUUUGUCAAAUUACUUCAUAAAUAACAUUGCACUCUUUUUGAUGAUGACCUCAUACCUCCACAACUCAACUGCAUAUUUUUAUUUAUGUCAUGUAAAGUAACAUUUUUCUCUUCUGUUUAAUAUUUUCUGUUAUUUCCUUUGAUUACAUUGUGAAUGCCACAUGUUGUUAGGUAAAUAUAGUUGAUCCAAAAUAAUCCACGAAAAAUAAUUUAAUGUAUGUUGAUGUAUUUCAUUAUGUUGGAUAAUUUGUAAUGUCUGCAAAAUUUUUUGAUUGUUUGCUUAUUUUUUUCCCACUGUGUUUUUUCAAUAUGCUGUAAUGAUAUUUCAGCUUUUCUGUACCUAAAGUACAAAACUACCAGCAGAGGGGGCAAGUACAAAACAAACCGAAACUGAUUCUCCAUUCAACACUGCUUCAGAAAGGAGACAACCACAACCAGCUGAACAACUG